GGGCAUGAAGCCUCCAAGCUAUCAUGAGUUAAGAGUUCCUUUGCUUAACAAAGAAGUCAAUGCUGCGAAGGAUAUUCUAAAAGACCAUAGAGAAGAGUGGGCUAUUUCUGGGUGCUCGAUCAUAUCUGAUGGGUGGCGAGAUUCGGUUUCUCAGAGAGACAUUAUCAACUUCUUGGUGAACUCUCCUAAAGGUUCGGUUUUUAUCAAAUCUGUUGAUGUGUCUGAUAUAGUGAAGGACGCAAAUGCAUUGGUGCCAAUGUUUGAGGAGAUUGUUGAUUACGUCGAAGAGCAACAUGUGAUUCAGAUUGUGACAAAUAAUGCCUCAAAUUAUAAGAAAGCUGGGCUGAUGCUGCAAGUUAAGAAGCCCAAUUUGUUUUGGACUCCUUGUGCUGCACACUGCAUUGAUUUGAUGCUUGAGGAUGUUGGUAAAAUACCAAUGGUCAAGGAAGCUAUCAAAAAAUCAAUAUCUUUGACUGGUUUUAUUUACAGUAAAACCGGUGUGCUGAAUAUGAUGAGAAAGUAUACAAGCAAGAGGGAAUUGCUUAGGACCACUAGAUUUGCCACUUCCUUCAUCACCCUGAGGUCCAUCCAUAACCAACGGCAAAACCUCAGAAAGAUGUUCACUAGUGAUGAAUGGAGAAAUAGCCAAUGGUAUAAAGAGAUACCCAGCAAAAAUGCAACAGCUACUGUCCUCAAUGACAAUUACUGGAGGCAUGUUGUCUACGCUCUCAAAUUGACCUGUCCUCUUGUUAAAGUGUUGAGGAUGGUUGAUGCCGAGCGUAAGCCUGCAAUGGGUUACAUUUACGAGGCUAUGGAUCGGUGCAAAGAAGCCAUUUCCAGUGCAUUCAAUGGAAGAGAAGAGAAGUUCAAGAGAGUAUUUGAGAUCAUUGAUACUCGAUGGAAUGAUCAAUUGCACAAACCGUUACAUGCUGCAGGUCAUUACUUGAACCCAGAAGUCUUUUAUGCCAAUGUGAAAGGUAUUUAUGAAUGUUUGGAGGUCAUGGAUGGUAUGGUUGCAUGUAUUGAGAAGUUGGUCCCCGACCAAAGCAUUCAAGACAAAAUCAUGAAGGAAGAAAUGCCCAAAUAUAAGAAGGUUGUCUCCUGUUUUUCACGUCCUUUGGCUAUUCGAAACAGAACUCAAAUGGCACCAGCUGAAUGGUGGAAUACUUUUGGAUCUGACGCACCAAAUUUGCGAAGUUUUGCAAUUAGAGUAUUGAGCUUUACUUGCAGUGCUACCGGCUGUGAAAGAAAUUGGAGUGUUUUUUCACAUGAUGAGGAUAAUGAUUUUGAUGAUGAUGAUCUUCGUUGGACGGAUGUUGGUAGAGCUUCUGGAGCGUCGGAAACAGUGUACCAUACUAGAGGUAGCACAAGCACAAGAGAACAAGCCUCAAGCUCUAUGCGUUCUUAUACUCUUGUGGAUAAUGAAGAUGACAGUGAAGAUAUUAACUUGGUUGUAUCCGAUGAAGGAGAAGAGGACUUACACCUAUGAGUGAUGAUGAUAUUAUUUAGUUAAUUAUUUUAUGUUUUGCAACUUUUUUUGGAACUUUGAUGAUUUUUUAUAAUAAAAUUCAGUUAUUUAGUUA